AUGGAUAACAAUAGGUCAUUUUCAUUACACUUCAACCCACUAACAAAUGUAAGAUGUGUAAAGGAUUAUGAGGAUGAGAUAGCCCAUCUCAAAACAGAAAACUUUGAGUUAAAAGCACAGCUGGCUCACUCCAACAUUCCAAAGGUUCUUUAUGAAAAUAAGCAGGAGAUGGACGCACUCUUGGUCCAGAAGCAGGAGAUGCAAAAUUCCCUUGAUAAUCUAAACAAGGCAUAUGAGAAUAUUCUGCAGGAAAAGAGACUUCUGGAGAAUAAAUACAGUCAGGAGCUUGCUGGCUGCAAUGAGAAGAACAGCCUGCUUGAGGAUGAAAAUAAAAGACUACUUCUAAGAUUGGAAAAGUUCAACAGGGAAAUACAAGAAACAGGUAUGGUUAAGAAUGAGUUAAAUGAAUUAAGAUCGACGAUUCAAAAUCUUGAAAAACAAAAUGAACAAAUAAGAUACGAAUAUGAAAACCACUAUAAUGAAAUUAAGCAAGAGUAUGAAAGCUUCAAAAGGGAGGCGGAGACAGAGGUUAAAAAUAGGAUGUUUGAGGUUGAGAACCUUAAAAAGAAGUUGGAUGCAGCGUUGCAAAAGGAAAAGAACAGUUCAUUCAUUAUCUCAGACUUAAAGGCUACUCUAAAUGCACAGAUGAGAGAUAAGAGUGUAUUGGAUGAGAUGAGGUCGAUUGAAACAACCUUAAGGACACAGGUUGAUGACCUUCAGAGACAGAAGCAGGACUGUGAGUUUAAAUUAAAAUGUACUCAGGAAACAGUUGAGAAGAUAAAUAAGGAACACAGGAUUUAUCUUAACGGUAUGGAUAAAUUCAAGAUACUAAUUUUACAGAAGCUUUCGGGGGUUUCUGCAAGUUUGGUGGAUCUCAGUGAAAAGUUAGCGCAGUUUAAAGCAUUCUGCUAUAUUUCCGACGAGAAUAGAAAUCUAAUGUCUAAAUUAAAAGUAAAGUACACAAGCCUGAAUGGCAUCAUAGUGUUCUUCAAGGAAAAACAUGCCGAAAUAUACAGAAAGAUGGAUGUGUUGAAGAAGGAGGCGGCAAAUGCAGCCCAGUCCACUGCAAAUAGCAAAGGCGGAAUGGAUAAAAAGACACAGGCCAUUCUUCAGGAAUUCAAAAAUCAAUUUGGAGAGGCUAAAAAUGAGCUAUUGAUUUGUAAAAAAUACUUGGACAAGAAGGCGGCUGAAAACAAGGCCCUGAGAAAUGAAAAUGCCAGGCUGGUUGCGGAGCUUCAGAAGAAAAGUAAGGUGUUUGGAAGUGAGCUGGGCAGGAUUAACGUAAUGAAAAUUUAA